AGGUCUCACAGCACAGUGACAUGAGCAGGACACCGGCGCCAUAGCCAGGCGACUCGGUAGGCGCAAGGAGCCAAAGUGCAGCCAUGCGCGCGGCCAUGGCGGUGCAGCUGCGAAGCACAGGCCACACGACAGGCCUAAAGUCGCCGCGGGAGGCUCGAGUCUUCUCCCGGCAGUGCCAGAGGUUUCGCCAUGCCAACUUGGCUUCCGGCCAUCCCCAUGAGUAUCCAGAAUUGGUGGUGGCAGCUCUUGACUUGGCCUCGGCCCUGGAGGAGCGUUUGGCGGAGGCGGAGUUCCGGCUCUCCGAGCUCACACAAAAUGUGGAGUUCUUGGAAGAGUUCCGAGAGCUCUUCCGGGCGCGGGACUUGUCAUGUGCACCUGGGGUGCUGCGGCCGCCAGCCACACCCAAGCCCGCCACAGCUCGACCUGCCUCACACUUCGUGUCCCAGGAGGCCUUCUCCCAAAGUACGGCUUUGGAGGCGCGCUUGUCCUGGCUGGAAGCCGAGUUGGAGAAGACCCUCAAGGGGCAGCUGGAAUACACCACGGCCGCGCAGCUGGAGGACUUCAGCAAGCAGCUCUCGGUGCAGGAGGCGAACCUGCGGGAGAUCGAGCGCAAGGUGGGCUCCGUGCGGACGUGGCCGGCUGAAAGCGAGAAGCCUCAGGCGCAGCUUGACAUGCAGAUGCAGCCCGACAUAGAGAGACGGCAAGCAGACAUGGAAAUGCAGUUCGAUGAGUUUGGCAGAGCGCUGCGAAUGCUGGUCGGUGACGUGCAGGUCCUUUCGAAGCAGACGGAGUGGCGCUUGGGCGCUUUGGAGGCCGGGCCGCAGGAGGCCUUCUCCCAAAGUACGGCUUUGGAGGCGCGCUUGUCCUGGCUGGAAGCCGAGUUGGAGAAGACCCUCAAGGGGCAGCUGGAAUACACCACGGCCGCGCAGCUGGAGGACUUCAGCAAGCAGCUCUCGGUGCAGGAGGCGAACCUGCGGGAGAUCGAGCGCAAGGUGGGCUCCGUGCGGACGUGGCCGGCUGAAAGCGAGAAGCCUCAGGCGCAGCUUGACAUGCAGAUGCAGCCCGACAUAGAGAGACGGCAAGCAGACAUGGAAAUGCAGUUCGAUGAGUUUGGCAGAGCGCUGCGAAUGCUGGUCGGUGACGUGCAGGUCCUUUCGAAGCAGACGGAGUGGCGCUUGGGCGCUUUGGAGGCCGGGCCGCAGGCUGGACCGUUUGGGAAUUUGAGCGGGCCAUGGGCAGAGCCCAGGGUUCGGUAGCGAUGGGCGCAUGCGCAAAGUGGGCGUCUCAAGUCCAGAGGGUCA